GGGGACAAAGAGAUUGAAGAGUCCGCAUGGUGAAUAUUUAUCAAAGGCCACACGACAGCGAACUAUAGCGUCAGUGCACAGCGAAAAGGCGUAGCAGUGGCACAAAAGAGCACAAGCCGACGAUAGCAGCGAUGAUUUCCUUCGGCGCACGAACAAUGCAACAGAUGCAAGGAGGUGAAGGACAAAUGCACGUGUGGAAGGCGACCGUGAGUGGGAAUCACGUAGAGAAAGCUAUAACUAACGAAUAUGCAAGACUAGAAAGCUCAAAGCAAGGACGGAAAGGGGUCAACGGAAUAACGCGAUACAAGGCCUAGGGUUUCAAACUGGAGGACUGGGAGAGCUAAGAGAGCUGAGAGAACGAGAUGACAAAGACAACAAUGGAAACGAUGAUAGCUCGUGGCGUUACAAAACGACAGCGACGAGGACAAAUCUAGACAAGAACAAACGCAAUACGACGAUGAUCAAAGCGAGAUGGAAACAAAGAAAAAGACAAACAAAUCUGGGCGGACAAACCUCUCAACGCCUAAACCUAGUACCGGGGACUGGAUCUGGAUGGGCCCUCGUUCGGGUCGCCAACCCACUGAAUGGGCUGUCCCUCUAUCCAUCGGGAGAUAUCGAGCGGAGUCGGCGAGCUCGACAGAAGCUCGUGUUGGCCAGAGAGAGUCAUCGGGUCAAGGAAGACCAGCUGUCCCGGAGGGGCGCCUGUAGGUGUUGAGUUUGAAGCGGAGGCUCGCGCUCUCUU